ACAGUAGCAGAAAUUUCGCCCCUCCACAGCUCCACUACUCGUCUCUCCCCCACCGCCGCCACCACUGGUAACCGCUCACCACCGCGAAUCUCGCACCAUUAGUUAACCAGGCGAUCGAAGCAGAGUGCGUCGCGUGGUAUUCCAGUCAUGGGGAAGAACUACCGCAAGUUCCUGGGAGUCAACAAGGCGGCCGCUACCGGCGGCGGGAUCGGUAAGCGCGUCUCCGGUGCCGGCGCCGGUGGGAACGCUAAGGACACCGGCGGCGGGAACAAGGCGGCCACUGCCGGCAGCGGGAAAGGUAAGCGCGUCGCCGCCGCCGGUGGGAGAGGCAAACGCUCGGGAGGAGGCGCGGGCAGCGCGACGGCCGUGGCUGUGGCCGGCCCAAGCCCAAGAGGUGCGAAGCGGGCCGGCGGCCGGGGUUCGGGCGGCGCGUCGACCUUAUCUCAUACUACCACCUUCAAGACGGCCGUGAAGGUCACGAAUGAGUACUGCCAUGUGGAGGAGAGUAGCACGUUUAAGACGGCGGUGAAGGUCAUGAACGAAUACUAUGAUGAGGAGGAGAACCACGGUUCACCCGAGGAUGAACGCUCAACAUUCUGUCCCACCGAUCAUAGCACUUUUAAGACGGCCAUGAAGUCCGAGAACGAAUACUAUGAUGAGGAGGAGAACCAUGGUUCGUCUGAGGACGAACGCUCGACCUUCUGUCCCACCGAUCAUAGCACCUUUGAGAUAGCUGUGAAGUUCGAGAAUGAGUGCUACGAGGAGGAAGAGAGGCGCGUUUUGUCUGAGGACGAGAAGGAUAUGCAGCACGAUGCUGAACUUCUAGCUGAAGAAGGCAACGGUGGUGCUCAGAUUGGCGAUGAUGGCAAUGGCUGCGGGGACUGUGGUGGCGAGUGCAACGAGGAUGCUGGGUUCGGUGAUGAUGAUGCUGGGACCGGGGAUCUUGAUGACCACUUGAACGGUGAUGCCUACUACUACGAUGUUGCUGCGGCGGGUUUUGAUGAUGGCUAUGAUGACGAUGGCGGGGAUGGAGCUGAUGGCUGGUGGUAGGGAUGGAGAACAAGGCCUCUUUGAAAUGUCAGAGAAUGGUGGCAUCUAAGAAACUUGGUUUGAAACUGUGAGAUAAGAAUUCCAUGAAGUGCAAGUCUCCAUGCAGUUUGCUAUUACUUACUACUAUGCCUGUUGUCUUAGCUUGGGUUGUCGAUCUAGGUAGGCUUCUGCCUUGGUGUGUGUAUGGUGAUCGCCAAGCCAGGAGAUUGGCAGUCAAAUCAGUCCUCUGUAUGUGGCGGAUCUUAACAACGUCAUGAACCCUUGUGAUAAAAGUACUCCGAUCCUAAUGUAAAUUAUAAUCCUAUA